CUCCCUCCAGUGGCAGCUAUUAGGCAUUUCAUAGAUUGUGGAGCACAACUGCAGAGCUAAUAACGGGACUAAGUUUAAAAUAUCAGCCCCGUGUAACAGACCAGAGGUCUGGCAGUGUUUCUCUAACAGUUCGCUUCACUUCAGGGGCUCGGUGCAUCUUUGCGGUGGAGGAAAUAGCAUCGAGCUGAAACGAGUAGGAGACUUGUGGUCGUGGUUUGAAACGCUGGAGCAAUGCGCGGUCGCUUUACUUGCCUUUGUUUAUAUUUGACAAAAACAACACGAAAGGGGGGGGAAACAUAAACUUCCUUCCUUCCUGCUCUUGCUGCUUCGCCACCACGACGUGCAAGUCUGGCCGCAGAGAAAUAGUUGCAAAGGUAGAUGCUUUGCUUCCUGUUUCCUCCGAAAAAAAAGCCAGACCUGCACCACUUGUAUCUGAUCUCUCCGACUCUGACACGGUGCCAUGUUCUGCUCCCUGCCCACUUGUGAAAAGUUGCACGAGAAAUGGCAUCACCGAGAGUUUUGCUGGAGUGGUGCCGCGUCACAUGCGCCACUUAUCCCGACGUGGAAAUAACUAACAUGUCAACCUCAUUCACAGAUGGACUUGCGUUCUGUGCUAUCAUCCACAAACACCGCCCUGACCUCAUAGACUUCAGGUCCCUGUCCAAAGAUAAUGCUUAUGAAAAUAACAAGCUGGCGUUUGAGAUAGCAGAAACAAAGCUGGGUAUCCCUGCCUUCCUGCAUCCGAAGGAUAUGAUUUCCACCAAGGCGCCCGAUCGUUUAAGCGUCAUCUCCUACCUUGCUCAGUACUACUGCUUCUUCAAUGGGAAGUCUUCGGCAGGUCCUGCCAAAUUGUGGUCAUCGCACGGCACUUCCUCACACAGCCUCUCGAAGAGCAAAACUUACCAUCAUCCAAAGAGCAUGAAGAGCUUGACUGACAGCAAAACCAGUCGAGAGGAAAAUGUUUCUGAUGCGAGGCCGCAGACUGUGUGCAGUUUGUGUUUGAAGCCCGUGCACCUAAUACAGAGGCAUUUAAUAGAUGGAAAAGUUUACCACCGCAGCUGUUUCAGGUGCAAAGUGUGCCACGCAACUCUUUUACCACAGUCUUACACGCAGGGAAGUGACGCUGGCUCCUUGAUCUGCGCUUACCAUGCGACAAACAGUAAAGGUACUCACGUCGACGUCAGCAGGCAAACUGGAUCUCAAAGUAAACUUCAGACAGUUUGUUAUUCUCUGGGUGGACAGCCUAUCACCAGCGUCCCUAACUACACAAAGAAAACAGAGUCACAGGACACACUGAGUUGCAAGACAGCAGAAACAGGCGGGACAGAAAGGAUAGAUGGAAGGACUCGUCCUGUUCCAGCACCAAGGCGGAUUUCUGUAGGCCCUGUUCCUGCAGCCAGGAUCAGAAGUUCACAGACUGUAAAUAGCUCCCCUGCUGCAGGUGGUUUAUCCAGUCCAAGCAAAUGUGCAGCCAGUCCGCCUCAAGGCACCAGCCCAGUCAGCGCUAGAUCUAAAAUGAAAAGCAGCCAUCCAUGGAUGGCCCUCGUGCAUCCGGGACCUUGGACACAGCUGCCUCCAGCUCCACCUCCACUUCCCACUUUUCGAUCCAAAUCUGCUUCUAACUUAGAUGGAUCGUCCAAAAGACCCAAAGUUCCAGCUCCAAAUCCUUUUGAAGAUGUGCAGGAGGACGACUCUCAAAGCGAGGUUGCUAAAUCUGAAUCUGAAGACCAAAAUAAGCCUUUUUUGGGAGCUACCCAAUCAGAGUGCAGCACCUUGGCAUCGCAGGAGGCUGAAGAAAAAAAAGCUCUCCCACAGAAGAGCCCAGAUCUCAGAGGGCGUGUUGACGUUGCAGAACCUGACCCAGUAAAAGAAUUGACUGCAGAUACUAACACAGAGAGACCUUGUGGUGAAAGAGGUGGAGAUAGCGGUCAGAUUGCUCCGUCAGAUGUGACAGAAGCAGCAGGUCCGCGUCCCAUUCCUGCAUCAAGACAGAGUCGCAUUUUACCCAGAAGUCUUUCUGUGCCAGCCAUUGCGUCUGACCCUCGUUCUGCACCUGUCGGUGAAACACAGACGGAUGAAGCUGCCACAUCGUGGCGAAGUAAGCCUUCCUGUGAAAACGAUCCUAAGGCUCAAAGACCCACAUUAUCCAAAUCAAAUACCGUUCAGGACCUCUCGCCUUGUCGGGGCCCCGCACCUGGCCAUGGAUUCCCACUCAUCAAGAGAAAGGUGCAGACAGAUCAGUGCGCUUCCCCAGAAGAGCUGCAGGUGCAGAUGAGAGAAGUGGAUCAACAUCUGGAGACACUGGAGGGAAAAGGAGUGGAACUGGAGAGGAACCUGAGAGGCUGCAAAAAUGAUAAACAGGAGGAACAAAUGCUAAUGGAGUGGUUCUGUCUUAUCCACGAGCGGCAUGUUCUGAUGUGCCACGACACGGAGCUGGUUCAUCUGACAAAGCAGAAAAAGCUGGAGGACAGGCAGACCGACGUGGAGUACGACCUCCGGUGUCUCUUUAAUAAACCGGACAAGAACUGGAGUCAGGAGGAUCGAGAUAAAGAGAAGAAGCUGAUGGAUGAGCUGGUCACCAUCAUUGAACAGAGGAACCAGAUCAUCAGCUGCCUGGAUCAGGACAGACAGAGGGAGAGAGAAAAUAACGUGCUUUGGGAAGAUGUAAUGAACAAAGACUUCCAGAAAGAAGGAUUAAAAGAGCUAAGGAAGCCCAAAAAAGAUUUCAAGCCUACAAAAGUACUAAAAAUCCUGAACCACAAAGAAGAAAGCACGAAGAACUCUGUGGAUAAAAAGAGUUGAAGAAGUGUCAGAAGCUCUCAUUGUUCAUGUGUGAACAGUAUGAAAUAUGCACUUAUUAAGUACAUGCUUACUAAUUAUGUGUUAAAGCCCAGCUCAGUAACAUCACCAAACAAUUUGUAUUGUUUUCAGUUGGCACGAUAUAUGCAUUAUUAUUAAUGUGUUUUUUCACUCUAAAAAUUAUCAACAGCUUAUUUUUUAUGGUAUUGUAUGAUCACAUACUCGUG